AUGUCUCGUGCUCUAACGAUCGAAUUCUCUGCGGCAUCAUCAUUAGCAAUUGAGAGUGCAAUCAUUCAAAAAUUAUGUAGUCAACAGAAUGAUACGAAGAAUUCGAAAGAAUUGUAUGAAGACCCAGACUUUCCAUCAAAUGACUCGAGUUUAUACUUUGAUCCGAAGAAACUUCCUGACUAUGCUCUUUCAAUUCGGACGAAUGUUUUCUGGUAUCGACCUAAUGAAUAUACUGCCGAUCCUGAUUACUUUAAACGAUCAUCAGGAUGUGGACUUUUACGUGAAGGUUUACUUAAUGAUGCAUGGUUACUAGGUGUCUUUGCUGCUUUAGCUCUCCAUCCAGAUAAUUUAAUUGAACAACUCUUUGUGUCGGAAUCUUUACAAGACUUUAAACACUUUGGAGUUUAUACGUGUCGAUUUUAUAAAGAUGAAAAUUGGAUCUCUGUGACUACAGAUACACGAAUUCCAUACUCCAUGGAGCUUCCUUUUCAAGACAAGAGUGAACAAAGUCGACAAUUUCGACAACCAGGAUCUGUACUUUAUGGUAGUAGUUGUGAUCCGAAUGAAGUGUAUAUUCCAUUACUAGAGAAAGCGUAUGCAAAGUUACAUGGUAGUUAUCAAAUAUUAGAUGAAAAAUAUGGAGGUGGAAGUGGAGGAAGUGCUGGAUCGAGUACUGGUCGAAUUCUUGAAGCUUUUCUUGACUGUACUGGUGGUAGUGCUCAUUGUAUUGCUUUACAAUCCCAAACACAAGCUGGAACUUCAUCUAGUACCACAUCAUCAUGUCCGUCACUACUUUUGUGGAAACAGAUUAUGCAGUACCAUCAUGACAAAUGUAUCAUCACUACACAAUUACGACAGCUUGCAUUUCAUGCUCAAGAGAUUACACCAAUGGGGAUUCUCAAAAAUCGUCAGUACGUGAUUCAUAAGAUGCUUGAAAUCAAUCUUGUACCUCUUUCGUCAUCGAUUUCACCACCUCAAGAGAUUUUACGAUUGAUUAAGCUUCAAACAGUUUGGGGUCGUGGAAUGUGGAAAGGAGAUUGGUCGAAUGACGAUACGAAAUGGGAUGAAUAUCCACAUGUUGAGGAAACAUUACGUUCGAAUUUAACUUGUAAUUUCUCACGCUCUGGAUCAGAUGGAUGUUUCUGGAUGAAUUGGGAAGAUUUGAGUCAUACAUUCACCGAACUUUUUGUUGUUCAUAUCUUUCAUUCAAAUCUGCAUCAAUAUUGUAUUCGUGGUGAUUGGAUUGGUCCAAGUGCUGGUGGUGGUCCAAAAAAAGUGUCUGGAAUGACACAAAUUGAAGAUAGUCAAGGGAUACAAUGUAAAGAAAUCAAGCUUGAAAAAACGCGAUGGAGUUGGGUACACGAUGGAGACCCAAAUUGGCAUCGUAACCCUCAAUUUCGGCUAUCAGUACCAUUUGAUGAAGUAACAAAAACUCAUGCAUGUGUACGGAAUGUAUUAAUCUCACUUACUCAACAUGAUAUUCGACUUUAUGGUGGUGAUAAUUACGCAAUCAAUUUUGUCAUCUUACGAAAAAAAGUACCACUUGCAUUUAAGGAUCCACCAUCUGUUUUAUGGGAAUGCAAUCGUCAUGAGGUUGUGGCAGAAGCUCAUUCAUCUGAAUCUGAUUCGAUAUGUAGUACACAUGGAAAUGUGGGAAGUACUAUAUCUGUUCUCAAUCCAAGUACCAAUUCACUUAAAGCACUUCCAGAACGUGAAGUAGUCAAAGAAAACAUCACGUUGUCAUCACAAAACGUUUAUUAUGUUGUUCCAUAUACAACAAGUUCAAAAGUUGAAAUGGAAUUUUUUUUACGAAUUGUUGCUUCUCAUCCUAUUCGAGUCGAGCGAGUUCCUGAACUUUUGUCAGUCUUUUGUACUGGACGAUGGCGAAGUUCAGAAGAUUCAAAGGAUGAGAAUCAUUUGAAUGAAUUUUCAAGUGCUGGUGGUCCAUUACUUUCAUUACCAUUACAAGAUACUCAUGUAGUCAAUAAAACAAAUGCAACUUGGUGUCAAAAUCCUCAAUUUUGGAUUCGAUUUGCUAAUCGAACUCGUUCUGAACGUCGAAAGCUUGAAGAAUUAAUUGCAUUGAAAUCUUAUGUAACAAUUAAACUUGUACUUCGAAAGACGUCACAUCGUGUAUCAACAAGUAAAUCACGACAACGAGGGGAUGGAAUGAAAGAUUUUACUCAUAUGAUUGGAAUUACUGCACUUCGAGCAACAUCAACUGAACUUGUUGGAGGGUCAGGAUCUGCAGCAGCAACACAUCUUCGAAUACAUUUGAAAAGUAAUCGUACAGAUUUUUUAGGGGAAUCGAUUGUUUCACCAUUUGCGAAAGCUAUUGCACGUAGUACUAAACGGAACGAGAAGAGCAUGAACACUUUGUUACAUGAUGAUAAAGAUGAUGAGAAUGAAGCUACCACUGGCUUUGAUACUAGUCCAUUGCCAACGCCAAAGCUUGUUGUUCAUCCAACAGAAUGGUGUCGAUUAUCAUCAUAUACUAGUCCAUCUAUUGCAUGUCUGUACCUUCAAAAAGUACCAAAAGAAUGGCUUUAUGCAUCCAACGAAUCAAAUGAUCUUGGUGGUCUCAUUGUCGUUCCAACGUUAGGUACAAGUGGAAUUGAAGGUUCCUUUGAAUUACAAGUUGAUAGUGAAUUUCCAUUAGUAGUCGAUGAAAUAUCACAAGGUUUCAAAGCUUUUCAAUGUCUUCCUGGAGAGUGGACGAAAGCAACAGCAAAAGGAUGUCAUCUUCAUUCGGAAUGGCAACAAAAUCCAAACUUUGAACUUCAUUUUCAAAAUGUACGACCAACAAAAGUUCAAAUUACACUCACACGUUCUGAUCGUGAGUGGAAAUCUAUGUGUCAACGAGAUCCCGUUGGAACAAUGAUUGGGUUUUAUUGCUUUCCAAAAUGUCGUGAGAAAUCAAUGCGUUUGGAAGACAAAAAGACUUUCAUUUCAAUCAAUGGACGAGCAUGGAGAGAGACCGAAUUUGUACCUUUUCAUUCUGUCACUUCCCCACAAGAUCUUAUGCUUCCAGUAGCAUCUCAAAAUACUUAUGUGAUCAUUCCUGCAACGUAUGAACCUGGAAAAGUAGGAAAGUUUAUACUCUCUGUGCAAUGUGAUACAGACUUUAUACUUACAGAAAAAUUGGAUUAA